CAGUUUUGUAAAUUUCAUGGUUUUUAAUUCCUCGGAAAUCCAAAAAGACAUGUUUUUACCUUCAAAAAGCAUGUCUUUACAGAUCCAGACUACGACUCUCCAUUUCAUAGUUUUUGGAAAGCUUCAUCAGCUCACCAUAAACACAUUUCACUGGGAAAGAGAUGUUAGAAGUUGAAAUGGUCCAUAUUUGGAGGAAAAGGUGAGAAAUUUCCAUGUGGGUGAGCCUUGAUUUUGUGUUGUUUUGUAUCAAAGGUUUUUGUAAUGGAACAAGGGUGGUACCAAAACCCAGAAACUGCUUCAGGUUCAGUUGACAAAUCUAAGAUUGUAGAAGUGAAACCUCUGCGUAGUUUAGCACCUGUGUUCCCAAAAUCUAUUCAAGCUUUAUUCUCUGGCCGGUACCCAUCUGGGUUUCCUCCAUUUGUUUCAUUAGAGGAACCUGAAGUGCCACAAGCACCUCCUAUCCCCAACCCAACUCCAAUAAGGUCCUAUAGGAGUUCAGGAGUUGAAGAAACAACCUCAGAUGGAGCGGGAGCGAAUGGAACUACUUCAAAUGUGGAGGGAUUAAAUGAUGAAUGUGCUGCUGAUAACCAAAAGCCUGCAGCCAAAAAAUUGCGCCAGGGCGCAUCAUCGCAAAAGAAGAAGAAGAAAACUCAGGAGUCACAGGCUGAUCAUCCAAGUCAUUUGGUUGGUCUUAGCCUAGCCCAGAAAGAUGAUGGUGAUCGCGAGGCAGUUAAUCAUGUGCUCAUGACAUUUGAUUCAAUUAGAAGAAGGCUCUGCCAACUUGAAGAUGCCAAGGAGUUGAACACAGCAAAUGCAAUCAAGCGUGCGGAUUUAAGAGCAAGCAAUGCUUUGACGUGCAAAGGGGUUCGGACAAAUUUAAAGAAGAGGGUAGGACUGGUGCCUGGGGUUGAGAUUGGGGACAUUUUCUUUUGGCGAAUGGAAAUGGUUCUUGUGGGUUUACAUAGUCAAACAAUGGGUGGAAUUGACUACAUAACUAUUAAGGAUGAGUUGCAAGAGGAGCCUGUGGCUAUAAGCAUUGUUUCAUCAGGAGUAUAUGAUGAUGAUACAGAGGAUAAUGAUAUUUUAAUUUAUAGUGGUCAGGGUGAGAAUUUCAACAAGAAAGAUAAGCAUGCGACUGAUCAGAAGCUUCAAAGGGGUAAUCUUGCUCUGGAUAAAACUUCACGACGACGCAAUGAAGUUAGAGUUAUCCGGGGCUUGAGAGAUCCUGUGAACAAAAAUACAAAAAUCUAUGUGUAUGAUGGUCUGUAUAAAAUUGAGGAUUCUUGGAUCGAAAAAGGAAAAUCUGGGGGUGGUGGUGGUAUAUUUAAAUAUAAGUUUGUGAGAUUGCCUGGACAACCCAGUGCUUUUGCUGUUUGGAAAUCGAUUCAAAAGUGGAAGGAAGGCUUACCUUCACAUUCAAGGAAUGGCCUUAUUCUUGCAGACCUCUCCACAGGAGCUGAGAGUAUUCCAGUAUCACUUGUCAAUGAUGUUGAUGGCGAGAAGGGACCGGCUUUUUUCACUUAUUUCCAUUCUCUUAGACAUCCAAAACCUUUCAGUUCUGUGCAGUCUUCAUAUGGCUGCAACUGUAACAAAGCAUGUGUCCCAGGUGAUUUGAACUGCUCUUGCAUUCGAAGAAAUGAAGGUGAUUUUCCAUAUACAGCAAAUAGUAUUCUAGUGAGUCGGAAGCAAUUUGUUCAUGAAUGUGGCCCUAUGUGCCGGUGUCUUCCUAGCUGCAAAAAUCGAGUAUCUCAAUCUGGUUUAAAGCACCACAUGGAAGUGUUCAAAACAAGGGAUAGGGGGUGGGGGCUUCGAUCACUGGAUCCUAUACGUGCUGGUACCUAUAUUUGUGAGUAUGCAGGGGAAGUUAUUGACAGAGCUGUGGAAAGAGAUAAUGAAGAGUAUAUCUUUGAUACAAGCCGUAUUUAUGAAUCGUUCAAGUGGAAUUAUGAACCUAGCUUACUGGAAGGCGUAAGUUCAAAUGUAUCUAGUGAAGAUUAUGAUAUACCAUCUCCUAUGAUUAUAAGUGCCAAGAAUGUUGGAAAUGUGGCCAGAUUCAUGAACCAUAGUUGCUCCCCAAAUAUUUUCUGGCAGCCAGUCUUAUAUGCAGAAAAAAAUCAAUACUUUCUUCACAUUGCAUUUUUUGCUCUUAGACACAUUCCUCCAAUGACAGAGUUAACAUAUGAUUAUGGCAUUGCCCGAUCUGGUCAUGCUAACGGGAGCAGUGCAUCCAAAGGGAGAAAGAUAUGCUUGUGUGGAUCAUCAAAAUGCCGUGGUUCAUUUGGUUGACGUUAUUGCAGUUGCUGCACUGUGCUUGCAAGUGUGUUCAUGGCUACUAGAGCAGAUAGAUGAAUACAUUUCAUUUCAAGAGCCAGAUCCAGAUUGGAGGUUUCAACUUAGCAGAUGCUUGCUUCCAAAUUAUCAAGGGUAGAUAUCCUUCACAUAAAAUUAAUCGUCAGUCUCGGGAUAUGGCUCUUUUUUAGCUUUAGCAGUCAGUGAAUUUGUAUCAUCCUGCCCCUAUUCCUAAUUUCAAGGGGGGAAAUUUAGUGAGUCUAAUGGCCCUGAACACUUGAAAGUAUCAUGGAUAUGUGUAUCUUUGUCCUCUAGAGACUUAAAUUUGGUCGCAAUGUAGUUAAUGUUGAUAAGUAGGCUAGAACUGUUUCUUGUAUUUGGGAUUGUAGAAACCAAUUUGUUAAACCAUGCUGUGUAGCUUAUUCUGUGCUGAUUGCAUUGAUCUGAACUCAUCUUCCAGGAUCCUUUCACUGCAAUUGCAGCUAUCAUGAAACUCAUGCGUCACAAAUGAGUAAACC